AGAAAAGAAAAGGAGGAAGAACGUUGUCGUUGAGGACGACUGAGACGAUACGGCGCGACGUCACAGUACGAAGUCAGAAGACUAUCAAGGUGGGGAAGACGUAAAGGACGCAAAUGUCGUCUAACAAACGGCAACGUACGUUUUCGGGUUCACGAUUAUCGCUUCCAUCUCAAUCGACUUCAAAAUCGCUAUCACCAGAACCUGAACCCAUGUAUAAGUCUAGUCGCACUGCAGAGGAAACAACAGGGGAUCGCCGUUUGCUCUGCACACUGCCCCCGACGUGUAAUCCGCCGCAUAACCGCCCGACACCAAUCGCAAAUUCGAGAGAUCUAGAAUUGCAUUAUGGAAAAUACCACGCGCAAGUUUGUGAGCAGAAGGGAUGUGGGUUCGUGUUUCCCGAUGCAAGGUUGCUGGAGCUCCAUCAAACAGAAUGUCAUGAUCCACUUGCUGCUGUUCGCAAAGAUAGGGGGGAUAAAAUUUUUGCUUGUCAUCUUGUAUCAUGUCCACGAUUAUUCCAGACGCCCAAAGCACGUCGAUUACAUCUUAUUCAAGCACACUCAUACCCAAAAGAGUACUUUUUCGCUGUUACAAACAAAGGUGUUGGUGGUCUACUUAAACGCUGGGGAGAUGGCGCCAGCAUGAUCAGAGGAACCUGGAAGCCCAGGGAUAAUAAGAACGAGAAGGACUCCGAAGAUGACGAAAUGGUCAUAGAUGAGGAUGAAGAAGAUAGCGAUGAAGGCGAAAAUGAAGAGUCAAGCAGUGGUGACGAGCAAAACGGAGAAGCAACGCCAAAAAUACGUUACCAUCAAGAGCUCGAGGAAAUACCCACACGAACCGCUAUCUCACCACGGCGAGGAAAUGGCGCAGUGCAGACUGCAGCUGACCAUGACAUAGACAAAUUGACAAACUCGAUAAACUCUCUAUCUUUGGUCCCGCCAUCGAUACGGUUCGGAAGAGGUGGAAAGAAUGGGGGGUUUGUUCAUCCAGAGAUGCACAACCCGCAGGUCAGCAAAUUUAAUCCUCACGCGUUCGGUCCAAGAGGUGGUAGAGGGAGAGCGAGGAUAGCAACCGCGGUUCAUCCCCGAGCUGGAUCCCAUAAUGCACAGAUUGGUGCGCCUCGCCCCUCUACAGAGGUUGACGUACAGCCUGUGACAGGGCCUGUAUCGAGGGGUGCACCUCCUCGCGGAAGAGCAGGCGUCAUCCAUGUCGGGAGAGGUUUUAGAGGUCGUGGUCGCGGAUCUUAGAGAGUGAUGAAGAAGUGUUGAUAUUGACAGAUAUCACAGAGACCUAUUCUGAUGAAAAUAACGUGCACGUGUAUUACAAGCAAUGUACAGCAUCUCUUUUGUUAUGGUCCAUCAUUCUAUAUGGUUUCAAGUGAUGGGACUGCUUCCGGUAACUAUUUUCUGCCGUGCGCUGGGUGUGCUAGCGAGUCAGCGG